AUGCUCCGCGAAGGUAUGUUCAUCGACAAUGAGACGGGGUUCCACUACAUCGAAGAUGAUGAGAGCCCCGAGUAUAUUCACUGGGUAACAGUUGACUACGCAACAUUUCCCGACAUCACCCCGAAGCUCACCGGCGAGAUCCUAAUGCAGUUCCUUUCCGACCACAUGAAUCAUAACAACUGCAGAAUCGACCCUCAGGCUCAACACCACGCAAACUCAUGGUGUCUCUCAAUCGCCGUCUAUGCAGACAAGGAGCUGGCCCCGAAGGAGGUCGUGGCUAUUGCAAAUGAGCAGGUAAACUGGUAUGCGAACGAGAUCCGCCAGGGCAGGAUCUCGGUUGAUAGGGAGAAGAUUUUCCGUGGUGAGGCGCCGACUGCUGAUACUCAGCCUUUUGAUGAGUCGAUAGAUUUGCAAGACCGAGUGGUGGAUCAGCCUUUGUGGACGGAGAUGUUAGAUAAUCUUGAGUGUUGGCGUUCUUUCGACUAG